GCGAGAAUCCAAUCUCGUUGGGAGGUCUCGCGAGGCUGUAAUUUGGCCGCGCGCGCGCGAGAUUUGACAGCCGGACGGUAACUGCAUUAGAAGCCCAGCUGCUAACAAUGGCGUCUCCCAGCGUCAACUCGAUCGAGUCAACUUCAGAGAUCAACGUGUCGGGUACAGAAAGUGUGUUAGACAUGACCACUGCAGUUGAAGAUCCCCCCUGACAUUGCCUGGAGGCCUGGGGAAAUGUAACCACAUUGGUGGGUUACUGUUUGCCAUUGAGGGAUUUAACAAAACAGGAUUGAAAGACCACCCCACCCCCCUGACAUCCACGUCACGGCCAUCGUCCACGUCAAUGCUGUCAGAGUGGAACGUUCCUCGCAACGAUAAGGUUGAACCUGCAUCCAUCACUGACAUCAAAAUAGGCCAAAUGAGGUACGGUAAAGAUGUUAAGUUCCUGGAGACAAGCCACUAUGAUCCGCGGGCACCCCACCAGAGGGAGGUAGACAAGGUUGCCUUGAACAAUUGCAAGUUGCAGGUUGAAAAAAGUUACCCCAGCUCCCUGUUCGUGCUGUAUGACCCUCCUAAAGCAGUCCGUCGUAAUGCAGCAGUGCAGAACCGUGGUGAUGUGCCGGCCACAGCGAGCUCCAGUGAUGUGCCGGCCACAGCGAGCUCCAGUGAUGUGCCGGCUACAGCGAGCUCCAGUGAUGUGCCGGCCACAGCGAGCUCCAGUGAUGUGCCGGCCACAGCGAGCUCCCGUGAUGUGCCUGCCACAGCGAGCUCCAGUGAUGUGCUGGCCACAGCGAGCUCCAGUGAUGUGCCGGCCACAGCGAGCUCAAGUGAUGUGCCGGCCACAGCGAGCUCCAGUGAUGUGCCGGCCACAGCGAGCUCCAGUGAUGUGCCGGCCACAGCGAGCUCCAGUGAUGUGCCGGCCACAGCGAGCUCCAGUGAUGUGCCGGCCACAGCGAGCUCCAGUGAUGUGCUGGCCACAGCGAGCUCCAGUGAUGUGCCGGCCACAGCGAGCUCCAGUGAUGUGCUGGCCACAGCGAGCUCCAGUGAUGUGCCGGCCACAGCGAGCUCCAGUGAUGUGCCUGCCAUAACGAGCUCCAGUGAUGUGCCUGCCACAGCAAGCUGGACACAUGUGCUGGACACAUGUGUGGUAGGAAACCAUGGCAAUGUGCUGGAAACAGGUGACAUGGUUACUAUAGGAAACAAUGAUGUGCUGGACACAUGUGCAGGAAACCCAGUUGACAUACUUGACCCUAGCUCUACAUCUCUCCCCUUCAAUGACUUCUACGAUUUCACAGAAUCUGCAUUCACAGAAAUGAUGGACACACACCUACAGUCAUUAAAGAUUACAAAAAAAGAACAAACUGCAACCGAAGUAGCUACCAGAGGUCAGUCUAACAGUGAUACCUGGAAAGAAGAGAGGAAGAAAAAACUCACAGCAUCCAAUUUUAGCUCAGCAAUAACAUGUAAGGUGGAACCAUCCAACAAGGUCCGGUCCAUCAUGUACAAUACUUUUUCAACCGCAGCAACUCAAUACGGAAAUCAACAUGAAGAUAUUGCAGUGGAGGAGUAUGUCAAAGUCCUACAAAAAGAAAACCCAGAAGCAACCUGUAUUGAAGCAGGACUUAUACUGUCUCUUGAGAGACCCUGGCUAGGUGCCUCUGUGGACAGGCUGGUGGUUAGUCAUGGACAGAUCAUUGGAGGUGUAGAAGUCAAGUGUCCCCAUUCAAAGAAAGGACUCACACUAGAAGAGGCAGUCCAGAAUAAGGCAUUCUUCUUAAAAAAGGAAGACAGCAGUGCAGCGCUCAAGAGGUCACACAAGUACUACCACCAAGUGCAAGGACAGAUCUAUUGCUACAACUUAGAUUGGGUGGACUUCGUUGUAUACUUUGGCAGGGAUAAUAUAUUCUGUGAACGAAUUAAAGUAGACGCAGAAUGGCAGAAGAAGAAUAUCCCAAAGCUUGACCACUUCUACAAAACAGCCAUACUACCGGAGCUGUUCACUCAAAGAGUCAAAAGAGGUAAGAAACUCUAUGGUAUGUACGGCACAGGAAAGUGGACACCAUACCUGUCUUAGGUCUGAGCAGGACGAUAUCUUGUUUGUUACAAAAAUGAUGUCACACAGAAACAGCCAGAGAUAUUGAAGGUUCAUAUUUUAAUACAUUUGAAUCAUUAUAUGUAUGAAACAUUACCAUUUCCCAAAGUAUUUCUUAUCAGGUGCUCAUUUUUGUCAAUGUUGAAAAUGCUGUGAGAACUUGUCUAUCAUUUGGAAAAACACUAAUGAUAUAUACAUGGCAUUAUCAUUUCUCACAAGCAUGAGUUGCAAAGCUCUACGAGUAAGAACAUAUGUUAAGACAUCUUCUAUGAAACAUGAAAUACCAAAACAUUGUCAGGUAUGUUGAAGGUCCCUGUUUUUAUACAUUUCAACAAGUGAUAUGUAUAGAUCAUUACCAUUUCUCAAAAAUCAUAUGGUGGUAUUUUUAAAAAUGGAGUAUGAACUUUUUUUAUAUUAUUUGUUAACUGUUCAUGUUAUAUACACAUCAUCAUCAUUUCUAAAGAAGAUGAGUUGCAAAGUACAUAUGAAUAAGAACAUUUGUCAUGGCAGUAUAUCAUUUGUAAAACAUGCCCUACAGACCCACUCAGAUAUGUUGAAGGUUCUUGUUCAGUGUGUUAUGUAUGAACCAUUACCAUUGCUCGAUGUGUCUGAGUCAUAUGGUGGUAAUAUUUCUUCAAUACUGAGUGAAGAUGGAAUAGAAAGUUUUGUGCAUCAUUUGUAACACUAUUACAUGUCAUCACAAUUUAAAAGCAUGAUUUAGAGUGCUCAGUUUUAUUAUACAGUAA